AUGGACAAAGACUUGAGUCCAAUGAUGGGCUCGUCUUCGCGACGCGACGCCAAACGCUUGUCGUCGUCGUCGACCUCACUGUCGGCCACCACUUCCACGACCACGUCCGCCACGAAGGCCUCGUCGACCACAUCGUCGUCAUCGCUGGACGACUCGUCCAACACGUGGGACUGCAGUGUCUGCACGUAUCGGAACAGUUACGAGGCCUUCAAGUGUCUCAUGUGUGACGUGCGGAAGGGGACGUCCACUCGGAAGCCACGGAUCAACCCCGAGAUGGUCGCCCAACAGGUGGCCCGACAACAGGAACAGAUCAAACAGCAGGCCAUCAAAGCCGUCAAAACCAAAGACAAGAGCGACAGACCCGACAAAGCAGACAAACGCCGAGACGACAACUGCCCGCAACUCAAUAGUCCCUCUUCUAGUGGUCUCAACACAUCCAGCGGUGACAGCAAUGGCUUCACUAAUAGUAGUAAUAAUAGUUUUAAUUCCAGUAAUAAUAUAAACUCAGAGAUUAAGGACAUUAAGGACUCGUUGAAUAGCAGUACGAAUAACACGAACAAUAAAUUGAGUGCUAAUCACAACACCAAUACUAAUAACAAUAGCAAAGGAGUGAACUGUAAGGACACGUCUUGCGGGACACCCACCACCGCCUCGACCCCCACCACUGCCGCCAACACCUCCUCGCCUACCGUUAAGGUGAAGAAACCGCGGACUAUAGGCGCGAAAGCGAAGCUCAAGAAUGUGGACCGAAGUAAUGCACACGUGAAGGAAGUGACGGUCAAUAACGUGACGGUUAUUAUCACGGAAUUCACGCCCAAGAAGAUGAAAAUGUCGUCAAAAGGCGACAAACACUCAAACAGUGAGAGUUGGGAUCAAAUAAAGUCGAAAAAGAGUGACGAAAAGCGUCGCAAAUCGAGUGAUGAGAAGAGCAAGAAGAGCGACAAAAGUGAGGAAAAGGUGAGAAAAAGUGACUCAAAAAAGCACUCAUGCGAUGAGAAUUCCAAGAAGUCGUCCGACGAUCACCCAAAGAGUGGUAAGAACUCGGAUGAGAGUCCGCACAAGAAUUCUGGCAAAAAGAGUGACGAAAAUCGUGGCAAACAUUCGUCAGACGAAAGCGUUUCGCCGAAUAAGAAAUUAGAUAAAAAAAGUGACGAAAAAGCGUCGGGAAUCGUAUUGUUUGCUUUGGGAAUAUUCUUCUUAGUAGAAGAUGAGAGAUCCAGUCUUUUCAAGCUAUUCGUUGUGGAGAAGUAUAACUACGCUCUCUUGCAAAUGCUCGCCUGGGCUUUCAUUGUCAUCGGAUCCGCCAUCGGACUCAUCGGCUUUUGUGGCUGUUGUGGCGCUUUCAAAGAGAACCGAUGGAUACUUUAUUCCCUCUUUCUUUUGGUGAUCUUUGCGUUGGAACUGACGGUCGGAAUACUGGCCGUAAUAUUUCAAGAGAAAGUGGUGGCGGAACUCAAAAUAGAAUUAACCAACAAAUUGCAAACCGAUUACGGACUCCAAUCUUCAUUUACAGCAGCUAUUGAUUUGGCACAGACUAAGUUUGAUUGCUGUGGGAUUGAAGGCCCGAAAGACUACGAGAAGUCUGUUUGGAGGGCACAGAGAAUGAACGGUCAGAACUCGAAUGUGAGCCGAACCUGUUGUCUAUUGCAGAAUAAACUAGAAAAACAGGCCCACAAUAAUCCCCGACCCGUUAAUGAAACACUUUGUCAAUCAGCCGAUAACGUUGAGAAUAGAGUUUUUAGGAAUCAGAAUGGAUGUCUUCAAAAACUUGAGAAGUUUAUUAGAGCGGAGUCUAUGGUGUUUGUAGUGAUGGGUUGUGGACUCUCGGGAGUUGUGGAAUGA